UAAGAGACGGUCCAGUUAAUCUCACGAUCACUGGUCAUCAUGGAUCUGAAUGUUAGCUGCUGUUGGAAAUGGCUCCUUCUGGUCUCUUUCCUCAUUGUCUGUGUGAAUGGACAAACAUCAGGGCCAUAUUUCAUGGUGACGUUUCCUGCAGUGAUCGAGUCGGGAUCUGAGGCCAAACUGUGUGCAAGUCUUCUCAAGCCCAAUGAAAGCCUUGCCAUGAACAUUUAUCUGGUUCAUGGUGACCAGAGCACUUUACUGCUACAAGAGAAAGCCAAGGAAGAAUUUCACCGCUGCUUUAACUUCAAUGCUCCUCUGGUAGAAGCAGAAUCAGUGCAGAGAAUGAAAGUAGAACUUCACGGAGAGUCUUUCAAGAUGACUGAAGAGAGAAAAGUCAUGUUCAAAUCUUACAAUCCUCUGACCUUUAUCCAGACUGAUAAACCCAUCUAUAAUCCAGGACAGACAGUGAACUUCAGAGUUGUUACCGUGGAUACAAACUUUGCACCACUUGAUCAGCAGUAUGGUUCAAUCGUGCUUGAGGACAGUCAAGAUAACAGAAUUGGUCAGUGGACAAAUGUUUCUUCAACAAGGUGGAUAUUGCAGCGUUCUUAUGACUUAAACCCAGAGGCCCGUCAAGGUGUGUACAGACUCAGGGUUUAUAUUGGUGAAAGGAUGAUCUCACAUGGUUUUGAGGUGAAAAAAUAUGUUUUGCCUAAGUUUGAAGUUAUUGUACAAAGUCCAGAUAAAGUGAGUGUUGAUGAAGAAGAACUGUUAAUUGAGGUUUGCGGAAAAUACACUUACGGGCAGCCUGUACCUGGUAAAUCAUGGGUGAAAGUGUGCCGUGAUAUUCUGCACUACAUUCAAACCUAUGAUAGCAAUCCAGUAUGUUUAGAGGAAACCACUGAGAUCAAAAAGACAGGCUGUGCCAUCCAUACCUUAGAUGCAUCAGUCUUUUUCAACUCCACACUAAAGUAUAAUCUGCAGAAUUCUCUUAGAGUUGAAGCAAUGGUUACAGAAGAAGAAACAGAGAUCACCAUGACGAAAUAUAAAUCUCUGUCUCUCACUUAUGAAAUUGGCAAAGUCACACUCACUGACCUGCCCAAAACUUAUGAACAUGGAUCAGUUAUAGAAGGAAAAAUCAAACUCUCAAAUUUCAAAGAUGCACCAAUUCAAAACAAAGAGGUUUAUCUUUUUGAGGGUGAAACUUGGUCCUCAAAAUUGCUCCUCAAUCUCACAACAGACAGCGAUGGUUUCGCCAGCUUCUCUCUUAAUACGUCUAGUCUUUCUGAAAGUGAUAUUAAUCUGAUUGCAAGUGUGUAUCCAGAGUUUCGUUAUCAUGGUCACAAAACACCUUACAUCUCUAUGGAUAGCAAAAUAGUUACGCUUUUCCAGCCUGCCACUCCAUACACCCCAAUACUAAGUGAACUGAUUAUAGAGAAUAUUGAGCAACCGUUAAAGUGUGAUGCUGAGUUUACAGUGACCAUCAAGUAUUAUUUUGUCGGAGAGACUGUUGAAGAAUUCAAAACUGACAUUGUCUAUAUAGUCUUGUCCAGAGGAGUGAUCGUUCAUCAUGGAUCUGAGAAGGUUGAAGUGAAGUCUUCUAAUGGAGCAGCAAGUGGCACAGUGCCAUUCAAACUAUCUGUUGGUGCAGAUCUGGCUCCUGCAGUGCAGAUUCUGGCCUACUGUGUUCUGCCCAGUGAAAAUGUUGCUGCUGGUAACACAAAAUUUGAUGUUGAAAAAUGCUUCAGUAACAAGGUUUCCCUGCAGUUUUCUCCUGUUAAAGCAGUUCCCGGUGAGAAAAACACUCUUCAGCUCUCAGCUCAGCCUGGUUCACUGUGCGGCCUCAGUGCUGUAGAUCAGAGCGUCCUGAUCAUGGAGUCAGGAAAACGUCUGGAUACUGACAAGAUCUUCAACCUGCUGCCAGUGCAAUCGGUGUCAGAUUUUCCUUACAGUGUUGAAGAUGAGCAGGGGUGUCUGCAUGUGAGACCCCGUCGAGCUCUGCCGACAGACAACGCCUAUGAAUCCUUAAAGAGAGUUGGAUUGAAGAUGGCAACAAAUUUGGCUGUGCGAGUCCCUCAGUGUCUGUCAUACAGAGACCUGACUUAUUUCAGACACCAUAAUAUCGUGGUGUAUCGUCAACAUAUUCCAAUGCCAGUGGCAGUUAUGUCUUCACUAGCCGAUGCUGAUUUUCAAAUAUCAAGUAGAGAUUCCCCAGCAGUGACAAUUCGGACAGUUUUUCCAGAAACAUGGAUCUGGGAACUUGCUGAAGUGGGAGACUCUGGAUCAACUCAGGUUCCUGUCACGGUUCCUGACACCAUCACCUCUUGGGAGACGGAGGCCUUCUGUCUGUCCUCCAAAGGUCUGGGUCUGGCUCCUCCUGCUCAGCUGACAGUUUUCCAGCCCUUCUUCCUGGAGCUCUCACUGCCUUACUCCAUCAUUCGUGGGGAGAUCUUUGAGCUGAAGGCCACUGUCUUUAACUAUCUGUCCAAGUGCAUCAUGGUUAAAGUGACUCCAACUGCUUCCUCAGACUACACUCUCGAAGCCUCCUCUGAUGAUCAGUAUUCAUCCUGUCUGUGUGCUAAUGGAAGAAAAACCUUUAAAUGGAUCCUCACUCCUUCUGUUCUUGGAGUCUUGAAUAUUACAGUCAGUGCAGAGGCAGAGGCGUCCCAGACUGUGUGUGACAAUGAGAUUGUGAGCGUGCCAGAGAGAGGACGCAUUGACACAGUCACACGUAGUCUGCUUGUGCAGGCUGAAGGAACUGAAAAGACAGAGACCUACAGCUGGUUACUGUGCCCAAAGGGUGACAGUCUCUCAGAGGAAGUGAAUCUGACUCUUCCUAAAGAUGUGAUAGAGGGAUCAGCCAGAUCCUCUGUUUCAGUCAUUGGAGACAUAUUGGGUCGUGCAUUGAGGAAUCUUCACGGAUUAUUACGAAUGCCGUACGGCUGUGGAGAACAAAACAUGGCUGUUCUUUCUCCCAAUAUUUACAUUCUGCAGUAUCUGGAAAACACGGAGCAGCUCACCUCAGACAUCCGAGAGAGAGCCACCAGCUUCCUAAAGAGCGGAUACCAGAGACAACUGAACUACAAGCAUUUUGAUGGUGCAUACAGCACAUUUGGUCAUGGUGAUGGAAAUACAUGGUUGACUGCCUUUGUCCUGAGGUCUUUUGGCAAAGCUCAGAAAUACGUAUUUAUUGAUCCACAAAUUAUUCAGGCUGCAAAGCAAUGGUUAAUAAGCAGAAGGGAUUCAGACGGCUGUUUUAUCCAACAAGGAAGACUGUUCAACAACAGAAUGAAGGGUGGAGUGAAUGAUAAUGUGACCAUGACUGCCUACAUUACUGCAUCACUGCUUGAACUGGAAACUCCAGUCACAGAUCCUGUCGUCACUAAUGGUUUGUCUUGCUUGAGGUCCGUCACUGAAAAUGUCAAAAACACUUACACCACUGCUCUGCUCGCCUACACUUUCAGUCUGGCUAGAGACACGGACACUCGACAGCAGCUUUUCAAGAAACUGGAGGAUGUUGCUAUUUCAGAGGGGUCUUAUCUCCACUGGUCUCAGUCUGCAUCUGCUGACUCUGAUUCUCUGGCAGUGGAGAUCAGCUCAUAUGUGCUGCUAGCUGCUCUCACUGCAGAUUCACUCACUACAGCUGAUCUGGGCUUUGCUAACAGGAUUGUCAGCUGGCUUGUGAAGCAGCAGAAUGCCUAUGGAGGAUUCUCCUCUACACAGGACACAGUGGUGGCUCUUCAAGCUCUGUCUUUGUACGCCACCAAAGUGUUCAGCUCUGACGGCUCCAGCACAGUGACUGUACAGUCAGCAGGAGACACUCACCUCUUUGAUGUCAAUCAGGACAACAAGUUACUGUAUCAGGAGAAGCAGCUGCAGAACGUUCCAGCCAAAUACAGCAUUGAAGUGAAGGGCUCAGCCUGUGUGUCUGUGCAGGUGGCUCAGUUCUACAACAUUCCCACUUUUACUGAAGCUAAAACAUUGAGCAUUGAUGCUAAAAUUGAGGGAGACUGCAAAACAUUGGGACAAAAUUUCAUCUUGAACUUCUCUGUCAAAUAUGAUGGUCUACAGGAAAGGACUAACAUGGUCAUUGUGGAUAUUAAACUCUUGUCUGGAUUCACAUCUGAUACAUCAGUGCUCGGAACUUCUUUUGGAACGUAUGUAUCACUUGUGGAGCGGGUCGAUGCUAAAGAUGAUCAUGUCAUCGUGUAUUUGAAGGAGAUCCCAAAAAAUAUUCCAAUGAAUUACCAGAUACAAAUGAAACAGGUUCUUCCAGUGAAGAAUCUCAAGCCAGCUGUGGUCAAAGUGUAUGAUUACUACCAAACAAGUGAUCAGUCAGAGACUGAAUACUCCUUCCACUGUCAAUGAAGCUGCAGAACUGAAGCACAUCAGCUCUUGGAAAAAGAUGUUUAAACACUCAAAUGUUUAAUAUUAUAAUUUUUAAUCUUUAUCCUGGACAAUUUUUUUUUUAAUCCAUCAACACAAAUUUGAACACAACCCUAAAUCUGACUUUAUGGUCAUGCCUCUUUAAAUCUUGACUAAUCAAAUCACAACACAUAUGUUUCAUAAAAGUGUUGAAAACAAUAAUGGUGAACUGGUUGAAAUUCAUUAAAUUGUAAGUGUAAAAGCUAUGCGCUGUGGCAACAUUUCAGAAUCAGAUGUUUUAUGAUGAUACCUUGUGAAAAAUUGUUCCAUCUCAGCUCUGCUUUUUGAUCAUCUUAAAACACUACAAGACAAUCAUUUAUACCAUUGUAGUUCAUCCUGCUCUAGAACAUUUGUGUUAUCCUUUUAUUAAUUGAACAACAUCAACCAACAACAACCAUAUUAUGAAAAAAUAUGAACAGGUCAGAAACUUAUGGAAGACCAUUUCCACCACUGAAUAAAAAAAACAAAACGUAAUUGUGACUUUUUAUCUCACAAUUCAGACUUUUUUUUCUUGCAAUUGCAAGUUUUGAGAUAUAAACUCUUUAGAGUUUUAAAGAUUUAACUUUGUAACUCACAACUGUAAGUUUCUGUCAUACAAUUCUGACUUUAUAAUUCGCAAUAGCGAGAAAAAAGUCAGAACUGUGAGAUUUUAAAAAAUCGUAAAUUACCUUUUUUUUUUUUUUUAGUGGUGGUGGUGGAAAUGGGCUUCCAUAGAAACUUUACACAUCCCAUCACUGUCAAGUAAUAAGGAGAAAACCA